AAACACAAUACAGUGCACAAGUAUUAAUAAGCUUCAUUGCACCAACACACACGCACGCACUCACUCUCGCACACACAUACAGUGCAUAUAAAAAGUAAACGCGUCAGCGUUAAAAAUUCUAUAAAGAGAGCGUGAAAUUUUUGUUUUUAGUGACUGUGUUGAGCUCGACGCGCACAGACUAUGCGAUAAAAAGAAUUAGAAUCGUUUGUCGAUUUGUUGAGUUAUAUACAACGCAUAAUGAGUUGCUAGUUUCUUUGUCAAACUGUUCUAAUAUUUAAAAAACAAUAACGAUGACAUUGCUGAGGCGAUCGGAUCAAGAGCGUUUGGUGAGCGAGACACAGGAGGAGGAGGCUGGGCCACGCCUACGCGAUGCCGCCCACACGGACUCGGAUAUCGAGGCUCCUUUGGAAGAUAACGAAUCGGGUUUAGGCGCUGCAAAGUGGUUCAUACUGGAGCCUGCAGUUUUCCUUAUAUUCAUGGCCCGCAGUUUAAUCGGGGCGGUAUUACAAAAUCAAAUACUGUAUCAGACCUGCGUCACUAUCAUGCACUACAAUGAGACAGACUGUGAACCGUUGCUGGGCAACGAUCGUGGUUCGGAAGCUACAAAAAAACUAGAAGUCAAAGUACAGGAAUAUUCGGCCAAUAUAACAAUGGCAAUUUCUCUACUGGAGAGUAUAAUUCCCGCAUUUGUAAGCCUCUUUAUUGGACCAUGGUCGGAUAAGUUUGGUCGAAGACCGAUCCUGCUAACGGUGUUUACAGGCUAUGUGGUAAGCUCAACGGUACUGAUUGCCAUCGCUGAGAUAACGACGUUCAAGAACAUCAGUCCCUGGUGGUAUCUGCUGCCGUCGGUGCCGUCCAUCUUAAGCGGUGGCACCUGUGCCUUAAUCACCGGCAUCUAUUGCUACAUCUCGGAUGUGGCCAAGGAACGCAAACGUGCACUGCGCAUGGUGCUUAACGAGGCUUCACUGUGCACCGGCAUGAUGGUGGGCAAUGUGGCAAGUGGUUAUAUUUAUGCGGCAACUGGUUCCGUUACGCUCUUUGGCAUUGCUGGCGGCUUGAUGAUGAUGGCGCUGUUCUACGUUUAUUUCCUGGUGCCGGAGAGUCUGUCUCCCGAGAAUAUUCAUCGAGGCUCUCGUGUGCGCGAAUUCUUUCGCUUUAGCCUCGUCAAGGAUCUGGUGCGCACUUGUUUCCUGCCACGUGCCAACUACGAUCGUGCCAUUAUCUGGCUGACAAUGGUGGCCUUAACCAUUACGAUCUUCAACAUGGAGGGUGAGAACACGGUGAAUGUGCUCUUCAUGCGGGAACAGUUCGAUUGGACCAUCAAGGACAUCAGUCAAUUUAAUGCCGCACGUAUUGUCAUCCAAAUUGUGGGCAGUGUUGCCGGCAUGAUUGUGUUGCGUCGCCUCUUGAAGGUCUCCAUCAUCAGCAUGGCUCUGCUCUCCCUUGCCGCCUGUGUCCUGGAGAGCACGGUGCGUGCUACCGCAAGACAUUGGUGGGAAAUGUAUCUCGGCAUGUCGCUGGGCAUGAUGCGUGGCGUCCUGGGACCCAUGUGUCGGGCCAUUCUCUCUCAUGUGGCACCUGCCACAGAUGUUGGUAAAAUCUUUGCUCUGACCACAUCUAUGGAAAUGGUGUCUCCACUAGGAGCUGCUCCACUUUAUACGGCUGUUUAUAAAGCGACUGUCGCCACAUAUCCGGGCGCAUUUAAUUUUAUUAGUGCCGGCGCGGCAUUCAUCUGUUACAUUAUGAUGGCCAUCAUCUUUGGCAUACAAAAGUCAAUGGGCAGCGCCAGCGUCUAUAAGCAGAUUGGAAGCUAACCUUAUAGUGAAUCUUCUUUUUGUAUAGUUCAAUUCUAUCUAACUUAAAGACAAUUAAUGAACUCCACUUGUUGAUGUGAUGAUUUUGACACUGUUUUGAAUGAAGUUAUUCAUAUUUUAUAUCUUAAUAUAAGUGUGUAAAAGUAUAUUACCAUGGUAUUUGUUGAACACAACCUUGUUUUGUAAUUAUUUGUGUAAUUAAACUCGUAAUUGUGAUUGUAUCAAAAGUGUAACUGCCGUUGAUAACUGACAAUAUUAGAACCCUUAAUGCUGAGACCAAUAAAUUGUGUAUGUCAAUUAAUUUAAAUUAAAA